CACCGAACCGCACCACAUCACUCACCUACAUACAUACAACGAACACCACUACCAUGACACCCACUUCCACCUUCUAACUCCGCCCUUUCCCCCGAGAGACUGAUUGCACAUUCUCACACCCACGACAUGACAUGAACCUAACCCCCGAUCGAUCGCGAACGGCGCAUUACCUACCUACCUACCUACCUCCCGAGCAUCCAUCCUCCACAACGUACCGAGCUAGCUAGCUAGCCAGCUAGCCAGCACACCGCCCUACACUAUACCCUACCGAUUACUUGAAUAUAUACACAACACAUACAUACAUACAUACGCAGAUAGCAGCAAGAUAGGGGUUUAUAUCUUCGACGAUGUUAUCCGCAUUCACGGCCCGUCCGCUCGUGGAACUCAAACCGCGCGAUCGAUCACGCAUCGAGUCUGUGCUGGCGUAUGGGGAUCGCGUCCUGGCGGGGCUGAAUAAUGGGAGUUUGAGGAUAUAUCGGGUGAAUGAGGAGGAAGAAGAGGAAGAAGGAGAGGGGGAGGUGCGGCAGCAGCAGGAUGGUGAUGGGAAGGGGAAGGGGAAGAAAGAUACUACUACCGAGCAACAACAACAACAACAACAUGGAAACGGCAACGGCAACGGCAACGGAGAGACGGGGAUAAUCGCGAACGGGACUACGAACGGUAACCGGGAACAACAACAGCAUAGCAAGAAACCCACGGAGCUGCUCCGCGAAGUGGAAAAGUUCUCGCGGUACAAGAUCGAGCAGUUGGCGUUGAUUAAGGAGGCUAAGGUGCUUGUUUCUCUGUCCGGGGGAUAUGUGUCGUUGCAUGAUCUGGGGACGUAUUCGUUGCAGGAGCAAUUGGCGAAGACGAAGGGGGCGACGACGUUUGCGGUGACGUCGAAUAUUGAGAAUGAUUCCGAAACGGGCGUGCCUGCUAUUGUGUCGAGGGUGGCGGUGGCGGUGAAGAGGAAGAUAAUGGUGUGGGUGUGGAGGGAUAUGGAGAUGGAAGCGGGCGGGCCUAUGGAGAUGACGCUGGUGAGUGGGAUUAAGACGCUGACGUGGGUGUCUGGGACGAGGUUGGUGGCUGGGUUGGGGUCUGGGUUUGUGAUGGUUGAUAUUGAGGGGGGUGGUGGUGGGACGGUGACGGAUUUGACGGGUCCUGCGCCGAAGCCGUUGGCAACGAGGUUGAAGGAGGGCCAGGUGUUACUGGCCAAGGAUAUCAAUACGCAUUUUAUUGAUGUGCAGGGAAAUUCGCUGGGGAGAAGGCAGAUUCCGUGGAGUCAUGCGCCGGCGGAUAUAGGGUAUUCGUAUCCAUUUCUGCUGGCGCUGCAUGAUGCCUCGAAGGGAGUGUUGGAGGUGCGGAAUCCGGAGACGUUGUCACUGUUGCAGUCGGUGCCGUUACCGUCUGCCAGUAUUAUGCAUAUCCCGCAGCCGACAAUUAGUCUGGCGCAUGCUGGGAAGGGCUUCUUGGUGGCAAGUGAUCGGACAAUAUGGCGUAUGGAGGCGCUGAGUUAUGAUACGCAGAUUGACUCGCUGGUCGAGAAGGGAUAUCUGGACGAGGCGAUCAGUCUGGCUAGUAUGCUGGAGGAUGCCCUGCUGAGGGAUAAGCAGGGCCGGCUGCGCCAGAUCAAGCUGGAGAAGGCUGAGGGGCUGUUCAAGAUGCGAAAGUAUACUGAUUCGAUGGAUUUAUUCACGGAGAUAUCUGCGCCCCCGGAGACGGUCAUACGACUAUAUCCGAAGAUCAUCGCGGGGGAGCUGUCGUCGAUUGUCGAGGAGCCGGAGGAGUCCGAAGAUGGGACGACAGACAGCCAGUCUAAGACGCAAGAGAACAAUAGCCCAACGGAUGCGCCGGCUGCGGAGGAAGCGCCAGCGCCGAAGACACUCUCGCAUGCUCCGUCGGUGAUGUCUCUUCUGCGGACGCGCACAGAUGAUGCCAGCGAUGCGGGCAGUAUCCGGGGCAAGGUCGUCGAGGAGGCCAAGAGUGACAAGGCGCUGGAAGGGGCCGAUCUCAAGCUGGCUGUUCGUGACCUGCAAAGGUAUCUGGCGGAUGUGCGGAGGCGGUUCCAACGCUUCCUGAACCCGGAUGGCACGCUGAAGGUGGUCGAUGCGACGACGGACAGCGCGAACGAUGCGUUGACGGACUCGGUCAUGAAGCUGCUGAGCAUUGAUCCGGAGGGUGAGUAUGAUCUUGGGGAAAAGCUGCGGGAAAAGGCAAGACUCGUGGAUACGACUCUCUUCCGGGCGUACAUGUACGCUAUUCCAGCUCUGGCGGGGUCAUUGUUCCGCAUUGCCAACUUCUGUGACCCGGAUGUAGUGAUGGAGAAGCUGGAGGAGACAGGACGUCACAACGAUCUGAUUGACUUUCUGUAUGGAAAGAAGCUGCACCGGCAGGCGUUGGAGCUACUCCAGAAGUUUGGACAAGCCGACGAGGAAGAAGAGACGGCGCCGCAGCUGCACGGACCGAAGCGAACAGUCAAUUAUCUGCAGAAUCUGUCCCCAGACCAUAUUGAUUUGAUCCUCGAGUUCGCUGAGUGGCCGGUACGACAGGACCCUGAGCUGGGGAUGGAGGUUUUCCUGGCAGAUACUGAGAACGCGGAGACGCUGCCAAGAGACCGCGUGCUAGACUUCCUGCAAGGCAUUGAUGUCAACCUGGCUGUCAGAUACCUGGAGCAUAUCAUUGGGGAACUGAAUGAUAUGACACCAGAUUUGCAUCAGAAACUGCUCGUCCUUUACCUGGAACGACUGAAAAAGCAUCAAGCGAAAGAAUGGGAGUUUUCGAGUCUGGAUGACUAUGUCAAUUGGCAGAGCAAGUUCUUGAAUAUGCUCAGAUCCAGCUCCCAGUAUUCUCCGGCUAAGAUUCUAGAUCGUUUGGACCGGGAUGAUCCCGAGUUCUUCGAGGCACGAGCGAUUGUCUUCAGCAAGAUGGGACAACACCGGCAGGCACUGGAAAUCUACGUGUUCAAGUUGGAGGACUACGUCAAGGCUGAAGAAUACUGUAAUCAUCUCCAUAAAGUGGAGGAUACAACUGCUGCGGAUGGAGCGGCUUCGCGCUGUGUAUCUCUACUGCCGUAUGAGGAUGAUAAACCACCGAUUUAUCUGACUCUAUUGUCUCUAUAUCUAUCGCCGCCGCAUGGCUACAAGCCACGGUACGGGCCCGCGCUUGAGGUGCUGGCCAAACAUGGAUCCCGGCUGCCACCUAAUUCUGCUCUGGAUCUGAUCCCGGAAUCGCUCCCGGUCAAAGAGCUCGAGUUCUAUUUCAAAGGCCGUAUGCGGGCCGCCAACACAAUCCUCAACGAGAGCCGGAUCGUGGCCAACCUGCAAAAGGCAGAAGACAUCAAGACGCAGGCGCAAUUGUUGGUAGGAGAGGGGACGGACGGGCGAUCGACGCGCUCGCGACAUGUCACCAUUACCGAAGAACGGGUCUGCGGCAUCUGCCACAAGCGGAUCGGAGGCAGUGUGAUUAAUGUGUUUCUAACUGAAGGCAGUAACACGGUUGUCCAUCUUGGCUGUGCCAAUCGCAUGCGUUGAGCCUGACUUGUGUGUAUAUAGAGGUUUGUGGUUUAUUGUGGUAUCGGUUAUCGCGGUUUUUUGUGUGCUUUUCCGGGUUUCUUUUCUUUUUCUCGCUUUAUUUGAUCUUCCUUCCGCAUUUCCUGGCCAUGUCUUGUUCAACGAAAGCAUACCGGAGUGGCGGACAUUUCCUACACGAUGAUACCCCGGGAUAGCGGUAUUC